GAGGCGUAUAGAAGUUUUCAAAGUGACUUCGUCAGCCAUCAUACACGCAUAAUGUAUGUGGCCGUUUUCUUUCUCUGUAUAUUACUGAGUGGGUCUCUCUCUGGACUGAUUCUGCCUAUGACAAAACCGGACGGUAGUACAGACCUUUCAAGCCUUCUAAGCCACGUCACCCUCCUCGAGCAGACUGUGACCGGCCUUCAGACAACCACUGUGCAACUACAAUCAGAUCUACAGUCCAACAAGGCACAGGCAGCUGCUGAGAUUUCUUCUCUGAAAGAUGAAGUGGUGUCCCUGAAGACGGAACUGCGGGUGUCAUCUAAUGACCUCGCUGUGUUGAAAGCAGAGGUGAAUGACAUGAAACGGGGUAAUAGUAAUGCUAAUACUCAAGUAAACCUAACAGUCUUGGAUUCAAUCAGCCACGAAGUCAAACUUAACACAGCACAGGUAAGUGCAGUUCAGUCGGAUGUCAAGAUGUUGCACAAACAGCUUAGUCUGGUAAACUCUACUGUUUAUGAUGUAAAGAGGGAGGCGGAUAGUUUAAUUAAAAAUACGUCAUCUAUGGUCCAGCUUCUCACACAUAAGCAGGUGGUAGAAAACAUGGAACUCCAAUCGACAAACGCGCUGGCACUCCGUACAUCACAACAAGUUGAAAGGCUGGAGCUAGACAUGAAUACAACUUCUGCAGGUCUGCAUAUGACACAGAAGAAUCUAAACGUGACGAGCACUGAAGUCACAACUUUGAGAAAUGAUCUGUCCGUUGUACAGAAACAAUCCCUGGACAACAAGCACUCACUGACACAAGUCUCACAAGAUGUACAGUUGGUGUCGGCAGAUGUUCACACGGCAAAGAAUAAUAUCAGUCUGACAAUCUCAGAAGUCGCGACUUUGAAAGCUGACUUGGCCGUUGUACGAAAACAAGCUCUGGACAAUAAGCAGUUGGUGACGACACUUGCAUCGAACAACAGAAAUGUGGCAUUCCAAGCGCAAUCCCAACCUAUCUUUUCACCUUCUGGCACUCCCCUGACUUUCCUUGAUGUCGACUACAACGCCGGCUCUGCGUACAACAACAAGACGAGCAAGUUCACUGCACCAGUCUCUGGAACCUACAUGUUCUGGACACAGCUGGAAAUGAGUGGUAUAUACAGUAAUAUGUACGUCCGCAUCAUGAAGUCAGGAGUGAACGUGGCAGCCGGGAGGGUAGAAACACACUCGACAGUUGGUAACGUUGAUGCCUCUGCUGUAACUGUCAACCAUCUUAACAAGGGGGAGGAAGUGUGGGUGGAGAUAAGUUUCCCAAGUUUAAUCGCUGGAGAAAAUGGCUCCUCAUACUUUGGUGGGGUCAUGCUGUCAGCUGACAAAUAAAAGCUGUGAACGAACACAUAGGUUGAAUGUAGCAUAAUAUACCUUUACAUUAAACUAUAACCGAUACAUUCAGUACCUCA